CAAACCAUAAUAUUAUUUUAAAAUUUAACUUCACAAUAAAAUGAAUAAAUAAUUGGUUUCGUGGUUUCGUAGUUAGUGUAUUAUUCCAUAGAAUUGUAAUAGAUAAUAUUGCCGCUGUAUACAAGAAUAUUUCACAACUCGAAAUCAAAAUGAACAGCUUGAAAAAUAUGUUUAGACCUACGAAACCAAUUUCUAAAAAUGUUUCAUUUAAACCAGACGAACUCAUAUCCAACAGUCAAAAGUUGAUGUUGGAACUUGGUAUUAUCAGACAAAGUGCCAACGGAUUAUACCACUUACUGCCUCUUGCUCAGCGAUCUUUAGAUAAGUUGAUUUUCAUUAUAAAUAAAAAUAUGAUGGAUAUUGGCGCUCAGAAGAUUUCUAUGCCCGUAUUGAUACACAGUAACUUAUGGAAAAAAACAGGUCGGUUAAACAAAAAUAUUGAAGAUUUAUACUUAGUGAAUGAUCGCAAAAGCAAAGAGUUCCUACUAAGUCCGACUCAUGAAGAGGUCGUUACUGAUUUAUUUAGUUCAGAUCCUAAGACGUACAAGCAGUUACCUUUAAUGUUGUAUCAAGUUGGCACAAAAUUCAGAGAUGAGAUUAGACCUAAGUUGGGCAUUAUCAGAUCCAAAGAGUUUCUUAUGAAAGAUUUAUAUUCAUUUGAUAGAGAUCAAACAAGUGCUACAUUUACGUACAACAAAGUUUGCCAAGCCUAUGAAAAGAUAUUUAAGCACAUUGGUGUUAAAUUCAUAAGAGUUGAAGGUGCUUCAGGAAUGAUGGGCGGAAAUCAAUCCCAUGAAUUUCAUUAUCCGGCCGAAGUUGGAGACGAUACAUUAUUACAGUGUAAGAAAUGUGGUUUUGGAAUGAACAAAGAAAUGUCACCAGAGUCUGUCCAGUGUCCUAAAUGCUCUAGUACUGAUAUUGAAUUUACAAAGGCUAUCGAAGUAGGCCACACUUUUCACCUAGGCACAUUUUAUUCAAGUGCCUUGUCUGCCACAUAUUCGGACACAGACGGCACCAUGAAACCUCCAUAUAUGUGUAGCUAUGGUUUGGGUGUUUCCCGAAUAAUCGGUGCAUCUGUGGAAUGUUUGAGCACACAAGAUGUAAUUCAAUGGCCACGGUCAAUAUCUCCAUUUACCAUUUGUAUAAUACCAGCCAAAGAAGGCAGUAUCGAGGAAAACGCUUCUCUGAAUAAUGUACACUCCCUCUACAAUCAUUUUACUGAAAUAUUUGGAGAUGAUAUUAUUGUUGACGAUCGAACCCAUAUGACUAUUGGCAAGCGAUUAAUUGAAGCAAAGAAAUUAGGAUUUCCAUUUGUAGUCGUUAUGGGAAAGAAAAUGAACGAGACCCCCUCUUUGUACGAACUGUAUGAAGCUAAUACAAAUAAAUCUGAACAUUAUGAACUAAGUAAUUUAAUUAAUUAUUUAAAGCAACAAUGUUUAGACAAAAUAUGAGUAUUAUUUAGUUUAAAGAUAUAUAAUUACUAUAUUAAUUAGUUUUAGUAAUAACUUGUGAUAAUAAAAUUGUCUUUUUUUUUUUUAAAUGCAUAAACAAUUUGUUUUAUUUUAUUUUAUUGUAUAUGUUUAUACUUUAUAUAACUUAAUCUAAAUAGUGCACUUCCAUUUUAUACAUUAAUAUUGGAAAUUGUAAUAUAUUCUAUUCAGAUUUGCAAUAAGCAAGUUUUAAAACUUAAAACAAAUGAGAAUUAAAUAUUUAAAUAAUAAGGGGUAUGAAUAAUAUUGAAAAAUUCUAUGAAAAUGUAUUUGUGUAUUUCUAAUAAUAUGGAAAUAUAUUAUGGUUUAUUGAGCGGUUUGAGGGUAAAUACACCUAUUAUCAAUAUGGUAGAAGAGAAGUUAAACUAUGCCUAUAUAGAAGUCAAUUUUAGCAAUUUUAAUUACUAAAUUCGGUAUAUCACAAGUUUUAGAGCUAAAUAUUGGACAUUAAAAAUAAAAUAUCGAAAAUCGACUUAUACAAGCCUAGAUAAACUUCUUCUCUUCAAUUUGUAUAAUAGGUGCUCAUACUGUAAUGUCACUCAGUAAGCUAUAUUAUUAUUGGAAAUAGAAAACAGAGUUUCAGUGUUUCACUAAAAUUGACAUUUGUAAUUAGUGUGUAAAGUGCUGCGUUACUGACAUGUGCGUGUGUGCUCCGCUAUUUAUUAUAUACACUGUCACUUACACUAAUGAUCACCUACUACGCAUACAUUUACACGACCGGCGUGCACACAAAUAGAAAAUUGCCUAUAUUCAAUAUUGACCUCCUUAAAAUCGGCUGGUAUCCAUACCCCUUAAUAUUACUGAAAAAACAAAAAUAAUACUUAAUGUCUUUACCAAAAUGUUUGGUGAAUAUGUUGACCGAUAUCAAUCGAUUAAAGUACCACUGUUUGUGAACACACAUUUCAUGUAUAAGUCAGUAUUCAUCAAAAUAAUUAUGUAAAUUUCAAAAAUUGUUCAACUUGUUAAUAUUCAUUGGACACAGUCAACUUUAGUACUUUACAGUAACAUGUAUAAUAUUAUGUUUUUUAGGAAAGAUAAUUAUUUUAAUACAUUAGACAUUUUGUUGAUGUCACAAAUUACAGGUAAUUUCUUGUCUUUUUUAGAGUAGCUUGUAAAAUUUUGGCCGAAUAAAAAAAAAAAAUGAUAAUUAAACCAAUAGAAACGCAA